CAGCCGUCCAUGGAAAUGGAAAAAGAAAAGUAUCGCAAUAUAUCACGGCAUCUACUACAAAACCUUGGCUUUUCGUCCAGCAGAGCACGAGAGCGGGCACGACGGCGUCGUUAACAUGAAGGGCGUUUCCGCCUGUGGUUCUGGUCGACGCCAGCACAUUGAGACCAGCACGAGCGACGCGUCUCUGCUGGAGGUCGUGGAGGAGAGCAUAUCGCAAGGAAAAAUCCCCCCUCCCCAUAUUGAAGAGGUAGGCUUUCGAAAAUUUGCGUUGCUGAUUUGAGGUCACAAAUCACGUUUGUGUUGCAAGAAGACAAGGGCAGCAGCUUCCGUCCCAUUAUAGAGCCGGUUUGUCAUGCUGUUGAGCCAACAUCACGGACGCUUUUCAUGCUAAGCGCCUAAGUCAAAGCCGCUCUACUCAGGCCUGAUAUGGGUCUGCAGUCCUCUCCAGCAAAACAAAUGCGAUCUGUGAUGUACUCAGAUACUGCACCACAGAUUUCGUUUUCGAUAUGGGGAGGGGGGAUUUUUCUUUUUGAUAGAGCAAAAACGUGGGACGGCUCGCGAGCACGAGCAAGACGGCGUACCAGUGGACGAUCAAAGUACGGAGGGACCUGCAUUCGCCCGACUUUGGGCUGGUUCUGCCCGAAAACAAGUAUCUCUACCAGAAUUAUGGCAAGCAUAAGAGCUGUUCGUCGUCCUCUUCGUCUUCUUUCGCGACAGGAGGAGCGCGGACAACUAGAAGACGAGCAGGGUCGGUCUCGUCACGCGGCGGUGCUGGAAAUUAUUAUGCUGAUUGCAGUUCCACACAGAGCUCCUCAGUCUCACCAACGAAAACCAAAACCACAACUAGGAGGAUCUCAGCCACAUCCUUGUUUUCGUCCGCGCGAAAGGCGAAGCCACCAGAGCAAGGCAGCCCCGCAAAGCGUUUCUUUGUGGCGCCGAAAAGUAGCAGACGGAAAAUAAAUGCUAAGGCACCUCCGCACGAAAAAGAACAAGAGGCGACGACUUUAAGCAACGUCGAGAAGAAUAAACCCGUGGUCUGUGCGGAGUUUCUGAUCCACGCGACGCUAUCGAGGAAGUCCAGGAAGGUACGGGUGUGGCUCGAAGAAAAUUUGCUGUUGCACCACCACAACAGAGGCCGACAUGAUACUGCGGAACAAGUUGCAUCAAAAACGACCGGCGGAGGGGAGCAGGGACGAGAGCAGACCAAUCUCGGAGGUAGCGGUAAUGCCACUGCAGCACGACCGGAUCAUCGGAAUCGCAUGGACCUGGUGGUGCGGCAGCUGCACGAGCGGCAGUGGGAGGAUUUGGACACGAUUUUCGUGCCCGUGCACCUUCCCCGCUCGACGCACACAUUUCAGGUAGUGUACUUUUGCGGCAACCUACAUUUACAGCGCAACCCCCUGAAAAUCCGGCUCAGCAAGGUCGGGAAGCCGCAACAGGCUCCUGCGACGAGGCGCCGGCGUGAUAUGGAUCAGGAGGAUCAGAAUUAUUCUGCAGAUCAGGAGCGUUCAUUUACGACUUCGGGUGGUCCCCUGUUCAACGUCUUCCCCGAUGUGCAGCUCGUAC